CUUAUCAUUAAAGCAGAUAAGAAUAAAGAUCCACGUCGUUAUAACAUUCUGACAGCUUCUGAAAUAGCCAUCAUUAUAGUUAGUGAUAGAGAAAAUACAUUUUCAAAUCGUGAUAUUGUACUUUUAACAAAUGAAGGUCCCUUACGUCGUAUAUCUGAAUUGCACAAGUCGUACUUACCUUUACAGUAUCCACUUCUUUUUCCAUAUGGCGAAGAUGGAUGGUAUCCCGAAAUACCUAUUUCAAAUAUUAACUCUAAAGGUAUUCGUGAAAACAAUAUAAAUACACGUUCCAAAACUAUAAGUCAAAGACAAUACUUUGCAUACCGUUUGCAAUGGCGUCCACUAUUUCCUCAUGCUUUACACCAUGCUGGCCGUCUCUUUCAACAGUUUAUUGUAGAUGCUUAUGCUACAAUUGAACAAAACCGACUCAAUUGGAUCCGUCAAAACCAAAGCAAAAUUUGCGCAGAAUUAUAUCAAG